GCGCGCUGCUCGCGGCCGGGCUCGGCGGAUGCUCGGCGGGAUACAUGCGCGAACCCCGGCUGCUUCUGCGCCGCCGAUGCACGAGGAAAUAUGCAGCGAAGCUCGGCCCUCUUCCUCCUCCUCCUCUUCCUCCUCACCGGCCUGCUCGGGCUCGGCUCGAGCUCCAGUUUCCCAAGUAACAUCAACAUAGGGGGUCUGUUCCCGACCGACUCCCACGAGUAUGAAGUGUUUCGGUUUGCGCUCUCUCAGCACCAGGAGGUGCCCAAACUGGUACCACAGGUGGACAUGGUCGACACGGGCAGCAGUUUUGCCAUGACGUACGCAUUUUGCUCCCAGUUCUCUAAAGGAGUCUAUGCCAUCAUUGGUCUGUACGACAGGAAGACCAUGAACAUGCUGAUGUCAUUCUGCGGGGCUCUGCAUGUCUGCUUUGUCACGCCCAGCUUCCCCAUCGACACCAACAACCAGUUUGUGAUCCAGCUGAGGCCUGAGCUCCAGGAUGCCCUGAUUGCCCUUGUGGAGCACUACAAGUGGACCAAGUUUGUCUACAUGUACAGCUCUGAUUCAGGUCUGACUGUGCUUCAGAAGAUCCUGGACACUGCUGCAGAAAAAACCUGGCAGGUCACAUCCAUCAACUUCGACACUCUAACAGAAGCAGCCUUCCUGAAAGCUAUCCAGGACCUGGACAAUAAAAAAGAAUACAAGAUCAUUUUGGAUUGUGAGCUGGAGAGACUUAACUCCAUCCUCAACCUGAUUGCAGCCCAAAGAAAGAACUUAAAGAAUUAUCACUUUAUACUGGCAAACCUGGGCUUCAUGGACCUAAACUUCACGGAGUUCAGGAAGGGCGGGGCUAAUGUGACAGGCUUCCAGCUAAUGAACUACACGGAGCCCAUGGUCAGCAGGACCAUACAAGAGUGGCUGGAGUUUGACAGUAAAGACCUGAAAAGUCCUAAGAGGAGGCUUAAGUACACUGGAGCGCUCACCUAUGACGGUGUGAGCGUUAUGGCCACUGCCUUCCAGAACCUCAGGAAGCAGCGCAUCGACAUCUCUCGGCGGGGGAACGCAGGCGAGUGCCUGGCCAAUCCUCCGGCGCCAUGGGGCCAAGGCAUUGACAUCCAGAGAGCACUUCAGCAGGUGCAAUUUGAAGGUCUAACAGGCCAUGUGCAGUUCAAUGAAAAAGGACAUCGGACCAACUUUACUGUCAAUGUAAUGGAGCUCAGCCCAAGUGGACCAAAGAAGGUGGGUUACUGGAAUGAAAACGAAAAGUAUGUGAGCACAGCGACGUACACCCACAUACUUGAUGAAACAUUCGGCUUGCAGAACAGGACGUACGUAGUCACUACAAUCCUAGAAUCUCCAUACGUUAUGCUGAAGAAGAAUCAUGAGCAGUUUGUAGGGAACGAUAAGUAUGAGGGCUACUGUGUGGAGCUGGCUGCUGAGAUAGCCAAGCACGUGGGCUACUCCUACAGACUGGAGCUCGUAGGAGAUGGCAAGUACGGAACCCGAGACCCUGAGACCAAAAUGUGGAACGGCAUGGUUGGAGAACUGGUAUAUGGGAAAGCGGACGUGGCCGUGGCUCCUCUCACCAUCACCCUGGUCCGAGAAGAGGUCAUUGACUUCUCUAAGCCGUUCAUGAGCCUGGGCAUUUCUAUUAUGAUCAAAAAGCCCACCAAGUCCAAGCCCGGGGUCUUCUCCUUCCUGGACCCACUGGCCUACGAGAUCUGGAUGUGUAUAGUGUUUGCCUACAUCGGCGUGAGUGUGGUUCUGUUUCUGGUCAGUCGCUUCAGUCCGUAUGAAUGGCACAGUGAGGACACAGAAGAGGGGGCGGAGCAGCAGAGCCAGAACCGAACGCCAUCUCCAGAGCCCAGCCAGUCGCAGUCCCAGGGCCAGCACGGCCAGAGCCUGCAGGAGAAACAGGAGAAGCAGCCUGAACACACCAACGAGUUUGGCAUCUUUAACAGCCUGUGGUUCUCCCUGGGGGCCUUCAUGCAGCAAGGCUGCGAUAUCUCACCCAGAUCACUCUCUGGCCGUAUUGUUGGUGGUGUCUGGUGGUUCUUCACCCUCAUCAUCAUCUCCUCCUACACGGCCAACUUAGCUGCCUUCCUCACUGUGGAGAGAAUGGUGUCUCCUAUAGAGAGUGCUGAAGACCUGGCCAAGCAGACUGAGAUCGCCUAUGGGACUUUGGAUGGAGGAUCCACCAAAGACUUCUUCAGGAGAUCAAAGAUAGCUGUGUUUGAGAAGAUGUGGUCCUACAUGAAGUCUGCAGAUCCCUCAGUGUUUGUGAAGACCACUGAUGAGGGUGUUGCAAGAGUGAGGAAGUCCAAAGGAAAGUACGCCUAUCUGCUGGAGUCCACCAUGAACGAGUAUAUAGAACAACGCAAACCCUGCGACACCAUGAAGGUUGGGGGAAACCUAGACUCCAAGGGCUAUGGAGUUGCCACUCCCAAAGGAUCUGCCUUAAGAAACCCAGUAAACCUGGCAGUGUUAAAACUGAACGAGCAGGGCCUGUUGGACAAAUUGAAAAACAAAUGGUGGUACGACAAGGGCGAGUGCGGCAGCGGGGGAGGUGAUUCCAAGGAUAAGACCAGUGCCCUGAGCCUCAGUAAUGUGGCUGGGGUGUUCUACAUCCUGAUUGGCGGACUGGGGCUGGCCAUGCUGGUGGCCUUAGUCGAGUUCUGUUACAAGUCCAGAAUUGAGUCUCGGAGAAUGAAGCAAAUCAUAGAUGCGGCCAUGCUGGGCUCCACUGUGACCCGAAUGGGCAGCGGCGGGGAGAACGGCCGUGUGGUGGCUCACGACUUCCCCAAAGCGGCACAGACUCUGCCCUGCAUGGGCCAGGCAGCGGGCAUGGGCCUCAGCACCACUGGCAUGUAGACGGCACUCAUGCACUGCCACCGAGGGGAGAAUGAAAGAGAUGCUGAAAGCGAGAAGUGUUGCACUGCGACAUGCUGUUCACCGGCCACUGAACUACAGCCAACGGACUGAUUCCACACUCUGGACUCUUCAAGACGAUAGAGCAGGAGGGGCAGAAAUCUCUUUUCUAAUACAAAGUUUGUUCAUUUUUUGAAGCCUAUCUGGUGCAAUAAGAAGCCUGUGUGGGAGUUUUUGUAUGAAGCUUCGUUUUGAGGGACUGAAGAAAGCGGAGGCUGUUUCCCACUCUAAGGAUAGUGACACUUGCACUAUGUCAUUUCUUUCAUUUGGCCUUGUUUUAUUUUUCAGUUCAUUUGAUGAGAAUGAACCUUGGGUCUGUUUUUUGCUGUUUGCCUGUUUCAAGCCUAAAGGGUUUCAGUAUGUUAAUGCAAGUUACUUUGUCUGCUAAGCUAAAUGGAGAACAUUCCAAACCCAGUCAUUUCUACAUGGUGUUUCCAUCCAUGAGAAAGAAUGAUUCAUUUCAUUCAAAGUGAGUGCUGUGUAUAGACGGACGUCACUGAGCAUGCCGGGUUUUGAUUUGGCAACGCUACCUCGUAGUGUUUCAGUUCCAUUACGAGAUGUCAAAAGGUCUUCCUCCUUCAUUAAACACAUUGCCCAAACUUUCCUCCAAAGCACCCUGAUAAGAUUGUUCUGUAAGAAAACAGGAGCUGAUCGCUCAGGCUUGUCAUAGCCUUUGCUCAGUCUCACUCUGCCCUGCUGAACAUGAUGAAUCACCUGCUCACAGUCUCUGAGCCGUGAUUAGAUCUGAGAGAAAGAGCAAUCGAGAGAGGGAGAGCGGGGGAGAGACAGCCAGGGACAGAGUUAAGACAAAAGACAGCCAGAAAUACUGAAGAUGUGCAGCGUAAAAGUGGAAAAUGUGGCAAAAUGUAACAUCAUAAUACUUGAAAAUGUUCACAAUACAUAAUAUGUUUAGAUUUUCUGAGGUUUGGUUACAAGUUGCAACAGACAAAAUGUCAAUUUUUGCAAGGAUAAAUCAAUUAAGAGGAACAGAAGGAAAGAUAAACACAAAUAUUCAUGCAGUAACAUAAUGACAUAAUGUGCUGAUGUCCAUUGUAUGCAGUUAUUGUGAAUUGGUUGUUGUUUACAGGCUCUCUAUAAUUGGUCUAAAUUUUUUGGAUAAUGUCCAAUGUUCCACAAGUACGGAUGAUACCUAUGUUAUCCCCAGAAAUGCACGUUAUGACAUAAUGUAUCACAACAGCAUAUCAUGUUGCCCACCCCUAAUACAGUUGUAUACAAACUUUGGGAACUCAUGGCGAAACAUAUUUUGUUGAUUUUUGAAGUGCAAAGAAGUAAACACAGCCCCUGCAGCAAACUAUCUUCAAAAAUAUAAUUUUCCAAAUGUCAGUGCACACUUUCUCACUUCUUAUUACUAUUUUUAUUGUUUUAUAUUUGAACUUAAAAAUUAGAAAACAAUAGUAAUUUGGCAUGUGUAAAUGUUUAGGCAUUUAAGUACUUAGUAAAACCCUAGGUUGAAAGCUAGGAGUCUUUCUAUUCUUGCUUUGGGAAUUUUACCCACUCUCUCUUGCAGAUAUUCUUGGGGUGUCUUGCUUGCACAACAUGUCUAAAAUCUACCCACAGAUUUUCAAUGAUGUUGAAGUCAGGGGACUGUAAGGGCCAUUCCAAGAGCUUCAGCUUGUUUUGGAUCAUUGUCCUGUUGUAGAAGCCAGGCUUUUUUAGUGUCAAAUUCUUGACUCUCAAGAAAUUUCUUGACUGUGAAUUUGUUGAUAUUCAGUGGAAUCUAUUCUUCCAUCUACCCAUGCAAUGUUUCCUUCACUUGGUGCCACACAGCCCCAAACCAUAAUAGAGGCACCCCUGUGCUUAAGAGUUAUCUAGGUGUUCUGUUCAUCAAAUGCUGCUCCUUUUUUCUCCAAACAUGCCUUUGGUGAUUGUAGCCAAAGAGUUGUGUUUUUACUUAAUCGGUUCACAGCACUUGUUUUCUAAAUGCCUCUAGCUUAUUUAGAUGCUGCUUUCCAAAUUUUAGAUGCUGAUUUUUGGGAUAAUGUAGCAGGUAAGAUGUCCUUCUGAUGACUCUUCCAUGCAGAUCAUGUUUGUGCAAGCAAGACUGUACAAUAGAAUGGUGCACCACCACUCCUCUGUCAGCUAAACCUUCCUGCAGGUCUUUUCUGUCAUAUGUGGGUUUUAUUUCCUGUCAUAUGGGGGUUUUGCUUUGCCUUGCUGGCCAUCACAAGAGCAGUUCUGUCUCAGAGUUUUCUUGAUCUUUCAGAUCUUGCCUUUAUGUCCACAGUUCCCCUUAACUGGCAUUUCUUAAUGGCAGGUCAGACAGUGGAAAUUGUAAGCUGGAAGCAUUUUAUUUUUUAUAGCCUUCAUUGUGGGCAUCACUCAUUUUCAGCUCCUCAGCCAGCCGCUUAGAGGAGAUCAUGGUUGUUAAGUGUUACCAUAAGGUUUGAAGAGUCAGACAGUUAUUAGGCUCUGGAAUUGUCAUCAGCUGGCAAUUUUUGACCUGUCUAACCAGCCCUAGCAGGUUCUGAGACCUUACAACUGAAAAGGUGUUCAAACUUUACAUAUGCAACAUUUACUGUUCUUUUGUAUUUUUUAAAUUAAUCAUAUAUAAAAAACUGCAUUAACAGUUGCAGACAUUUUUAAUAGUUUGGCAGAGGUUGCGUUUACUUAUUUUCAUUUUAAAAAAUCAACAAAAUAUAUUUUAAUUUGGCCAGGAGUGCAUACAACUAAGUAGUCUAUUUGAGUUUAAAAGAUCAAGCCCUUUUUCCAUGUCAUUUCAUGCCACGCUGUCUUCUGUUCAUUAUUUACGUCUUUAUAAGCGAGUGCUUGUUUACGUCUGCGUCCUUAUCACCGUGAGCUGUAAGCGAGGUGGACUGUGCAGAAAUAUUCAUUAUGGAGAAAAUGCAUUUGUUGGAGAUAAUACAGUACAUGGCCAUGCACUGGAAACUUCACUGUUUGCGGAAAACCAUGAAGAGAGAGAGGGUUAAGCUGAAGUUUUACACUGCUGUUGCAAUAGCAUGGAAACACAUUGGGAAAUAUCCCUAUUAGCAACAGCAGUUGUUUGUGGUUUGACAUUAAUUUGAUGAUUUAAUGGCUUGCAUCUAACAGUGGAUUUGAGGGCAGGGAGAGAGAGCAGUGCCAUUAGCCUGCUUAUUAGCCUGACCGCUAUUGCAUUUUACAGUCACAUUUUAUGUGCAGUAAAAAAAUAUGCUGUAACAAAACAUCACAUCUGAAAAAUGGUAACACCAUAAGAGAAGGAAAGUGUUUGUAACAAGAUUUUACUGUUACUAUUGGUCCAUUUGUCAUGACAUGUAAAGGACAGCAUUUUUUUCAAAUGAUGGAAAAAAUUUACAUAGGGAAAAAUUAGGAUCUGGGGAAAAGUUUUGAUCUGACAGCACUGAUACAUCAUAAUUAGGACUGCAUAAUGUGGACAAAAUAUUAGUAUUGCAAUGAUAUUGCUACACAUUGUGAAAUUGUGAAAUAUCUUAAAGUACAUUAAAAAGACAUUGGUGCGUCAUUAACUUAAUUUGCCUUUAUUUUCACCAAAAUAAAUUAUGUCUGUUACUACAAUUUCUUUGAUUAUUCAAAAUGUCCACAUAAGCACUCAUGUGGAACUGUGAUUGGCCAAGAUGAUCACAAUACAGUAAAAUCAUUCUGGGCUGGGUUUCCCAAAAGCAUCUUGUCACAAACAUUAUACAUGUAUGGUAGAGUGAGCAUCACACUGAACACUCUCCCUACCAGUCAAGAUGAUCUUAACUCCCAGAUACUUUUGGGAAUCUGGGUCCUGAUUGGUUAGAGGGCUCAUUUGCUCAGUUUGAUAAUGAUCAUAUUGUGUAGCCAUAAUAAUAAUACAAUUAAAACAGACACACAGGCUGAUAAACAAUGUGCCUACACUUGUGUUCUUCACAACAGUGAUGCACCUCAGACCAAACUCUUGAAGAAGUCAAAUUUUAUAAGUUUUGCCUGUUAGUGCUAACUCGCUCAUGUAUCUGUUUGUUCCUGAUAAAGUUCUGCUGUCCUGCUUGGUGUCCUGAAUGGCGUGAUGCUACCAACUCUGAAAUGCAGCUGAAUCAGGCUGAUUCUGUCAGAGUUGUACUAGAUCUGUCCUGUCACGUUGUACCGUUCUGAAACAGGAUGACCAGAAAGUCGCUGUAAAGCACAAGAAUAAAUUUUUGCACAACAGCAAUGUCACAUCACCCCUCCGGCGCAAGCAUCUGCUGCGUGUUGGUUUGAUGUUUUUGUCGGGGCUAAGGCAUCAGCUUCCGUCUGUAUGUUUCCUCAAUAAGCUCUAUGGCGUGGUACAGUGGGGCGAAGUGUUCACAAUACCUACAGUACUGAUCAUUUUUAUACCUGAAGUGAUUUGUAAAAAAAAAUAAAUGAAUUCACUUUUUAAAAAAAUGAAUACAUGAUUAAAACGACAAGGGAAAAAAUGAUUGACCUUAAUAUGAUGUGAUACAUUUGUGCUGAAAAACAGAUGCUUUUAUUGUUUUGCAUUUGAUAGAUGAUUAAUUUAGUAUGUUACGUUCAAAUUUAUUUAUUUUCUUGUAUUUAUGGUGAAAUUUUUGUCCUGUAUAUUGUUUCUUUUUGCUUUGACACAGUAGAUUUCCUUUCAGAGCAGUCUGUUCCAUUUUAUUCGCAUCAGUCUCACGAAAUACCUUUCAGAAAAAGAGAGGAGGAUGUGACUCGAGUUCUGAAAUUGAAAACAUGUCGACUAGGAGUGCGCAGAAAUAAACUUUUCUAACCACA